AGCGAUUAAAGCGCAUCGCGUAGCCUCCCCCAGUCGUCAAGAAAACCCUAAUUCUUGGUCUUCCUCAAAGCGCGGCCUUGUGUGGAUAUCUAACUCGUAGCGCGGCCUUCGCCAUGGGCUCGAGAAUGCAGGAGCAUGAUGGCGCAAGCCCUGCAAAGAUCUUCGUUGGAGGGUUGCCGAAAGAUACGUCGCUAGAAGCAUUUGUAAAACACUUUGAGCAGUAUGGAGAGAUAGUAGAUUCAGUGAUAAUGAAAGAUCGCCAUACAAACAAGCCAAGGGGUUUUGGGUUUAUCACGUAUAAAGAUGCUUCUAUAGUUGACAAAGUCAUUGAGGACUCACAUGUGUUUAAUGGAAAAAUGGUGGAAAUAAAAAGAACUAUUCCAAAAGGUGCUGCUCCUUUGAAAGAUUUCAAGACAAGGAAGAUAUUUGUUGGUGGAAUACCGACUACACUUUCUGAGGAUCAGUUCAAGAACUACUUUUCUGAGUUUGGGAGGGUGGAGGAACAUGAAAUCAUAAGGGACCAUACAACCAACAGAUCUCGUGGAUUUGGUUUUAUAGUAUUUGAGAAUGAAAAAGAUGUAGAUGAUCUCUUAGCGAAAAAAGGAAAUAUGAUUGAUCUAGCUGGCACUAAGGUUGAAAUCAAGAAGGCUGAACCAAAGAAGCCUGGCAAUGCCCCACCUUCUUUUGGCGGUGAAUCUAGGACUCGUCACUUUGGCGACAAUGCUGGCAGCUUUGGUGGUUCGUAUGGUGGUGGUGCUGGCAGCUUUGGUGGCUCGUAUGGUGGUAGCUCUGGUGGCAGCUUUGGUAGCUCAUAUGGCAGCGGUGGCGGCAGCUUUGGCAGUGCUGGUGGCUAUGGUCCUUCAUCCUAUAGGACACCAGCUAGUUUUGGGCCUAGACCUGGUGGUUAUGGUGGUUUUGGGGGUGCUGCUAGUGAAUACGGUGGUAGUUAUGGCGGAUACGGAGGUAGCUUAGGAGACUAUCGUGGAGCGUCUUCCGCUGGAUAUUCUAGUCGUUUCGGUUCAUACGGUGGAGGAUAUGGCAGCGGGUAUGGAGGUAGUGUAGGUGGUGGAUAUGGGCGUGAAGCUGGGAGUUAUGGUGGUUCUAGCUAUGGUGGCGCCGGUGGCGCUGGCGCUGGCUAUGGUUCACCUGGGAACAGUUAUGGCUCAGGACACUAUGGUGGCAGGACCGGCUCGGGCCCUGGCAUCGGUGGCGCUGGCAGAUAUCAUCCUUAUGGAAGAUAGGAAGGGCUGAUGCCAUGCAGUUCUGGAAUAGCUGCAAGUGUUCCGGGGAAGUAUUGAUGUUGUUAGUCUUGUAGGCAGUGGACAAUGUAGCACAGCUGAGAAUUAGCCAGCGUUGAUAUUCAUAUCGACGACUCUUGUAAUUUCUAUUCAGUACUUGUAACAUCGAAGCGCUUUGAGCUUGGAGUAGCCUACUCUGUAACUUAAAUUAUCCCAAUCAUUUCUUGAUUAUUA